AUCUUGAUUUACAUUUCUAGGAAUACUUGGAGUUGACGAGAAAUCAAUGAUGGAGAUCUUAGUAAAAUGGCAUCCAGAAGACUUGACAACUUUUAGGAAUGAAAGUUCUUCCAUCUUUCUUAAGGAUAAAUACUUUUUGUUUGAGAGAUGGCAAGAUUAUCAUAUUGCAUUUCUAGUAAAGGAAUUUCUGCGUUUUCAGGAUGUUGUGGUGCAAUGGACCAUGCAUCCUUGGGAAAGAGAUGCUCGCAUGGCAAGGAAGGCUUUGGACGGACGCCCUCAAGCAUAUGGCUUACUCAUUGAACUUGCAUGCACCAGAUCAUCAGACGAGCUCUUGGGAGCUAGGAAAGCAUACCAGUCCCUCUACGUUGAAUCCAUCGAGGAAGACAUUGCUUCCCGAGUUGAAGGCAUCGAACGCCAGCUUUUGGUAGCACUUGUAAGUACGUACAGAUAUGAAGGAUCACGAAUUAAUGAUGUUGCAGUUAGAUCAGAGGCUAUAAAACUUGGUAUAACCAUUAAUAGACAUGGUGAUAAGAAGAAGCUAUUCAAAGAUGAAGAGAUUGUAAGGAUUCUAGCAACAAGAAGCAAGCCUCAUCUCAAGGCCGUCUUCAAAUGUUACAAGGAGACUUUUAACAAGAACAUUGAAGAGGAUCUUGAUGAGACAAGUUUGAAGGACAUAAUUUAUUGCUUGUAUGCUCCUCCGAUGUACUUCAGUAAGGUUGCUGCCAUUCCACCCAUUGUCACACCAGUUACCAUUACUGAGGAUCCUAGUUCUCGCAUGGACAGACUCGAGCAGAGGAUUAGACAGAUGAGAGAUCCUGAUGAGAUGAUUUCGUGGGAUGACACUGACGAUGUGCCAAUGGCCACUUUGUCGGUCAGUUUCAGGAUGCCUAAUAUAGAGAGAUAUACAGGUGUUGGAUGUCCUCGUAUUCAUCUCAGACUUUAUAGCACAGUUAUGAGAGCUCUUGGUCUAGAUGAGGCACAAUUGCUCACUUUGUUCCCAUUGUCAUUGAGCGGCAUAACACAGAGAUGGUACGCUUCAUUAGAGUCAUCUCGUCGGAGAACUUGGGAGGACUUAGCACAGUUCUGA